AUGGAAAACAAGUAUGAAGACUUUGCUCCUGCAUUCGCCUCAUUAAUAGCAGAUGCAAGUAAUGAAGAAAGUGUGAAGAAAUAUGAAGAGGGUUUGAAGAAUAUGGGAGGGAAAGAGAUACUUGAGAAGGUGGAGACUCCAUGCACCAUCAUUCAGACCAAAAAAGACGCUGCUGUUCCUCACAGCGUAGCACUGUUCAUGCAGAACAAAAUCAAAGGGAAGGUUACGUUGGAGAUCAUAGAUACACUUGGCCAUUUUCCCCAGUUAACUGCACCCCUUAAGUUUGUUCAAGUUCUCAAGGGUGCCCUUGGCUCAUAA